GGGACGGUGGAGCCGCGGUUUGCAUCGCCGGCGGAGAAGCGCCUUCAGGGCACCGCCAUCGAGUUGCCGGCAUGAUUCAUCCUGACGUUGCUAAGCGGGGCCGAGAAGGUGAUUCGUCGUCGCGCGGAUGAACCAGCGCUGGGAGCUUCGCCUUUUGUUUCUAAUAUUUACUAUCCAUUAUCACGGCCUGUAUCCCAGUAUUAUUGAAUGGGUGUGCCAGGUUCCACAUUUCCAGUAAACUUCAACAUGCUGCCUAGUCCAAAUGUGAUUCCAGCCUUUAAAUUCCAGUUGCGGCGAGAUACGAUUGACUGGAGACGGUUCAGUGCCAUUGAUGUAGACCGGGUGGCUCGUGAGUUGGAUCUUGCCACUCUCCAAGACAAUAUCAACAGUGUCACUUUUUGCAAUCUUGAUGCAGAGAAAUGCCCCUACUGUCAGCAGCCUGUAGAUCCUGUUCUCCUAAAGGUCUUAAAGAUGGCCCAGCUGACCAUUGAGUACCUUCUCCACUCCCAGGAGUACCUGAGCAUGAACCUGACAGCUCAGGAGCAACACCACCAGGCUGCUCUAGAAGACCUCAAGCGCCUCCAACAAGAAUUGGGCAAGCAAGCAGAAGAGAUAAAGAGUGUUAAGGAAGAAAGUAGGAGACGGAAAAAAAUGAUUGCCACUCAGCAGUUGCUCUUGCAAGCUGGGGCCAAUAACUACCACAAGUGUCAGCUCUGUGAUAAGACCUUCAUGAACUAUUCCUUUCUUCAAGCCCACAUGCAGCGCAGGCACCCAGAGGCCACUGCAGCUGAGAAGGAGAAGAAGAAACAAGUGGUGCAAAUGGAAAAUGAAAUUGAUGAACUGAAGGUCAAGCUAAAAGAGACUCAAGUUCUACUGGAGGCUGAAAGUCAACAUCGAGCUCAGGAGGCAGAGAAUAUUCGCCAAAGAGAAGAAGAGGAAAGGAGAAAAUUUGAGAGAUGGAAGGAGGAAGAAAGGACAAAGUUUCAAAAGGAAAUGGAAGACCUUAGGCAGCUGUUCCUCUCUGAAUUCAAAGAUAUUUCUAGCAGGAAUUCUGUCCUGGAAGAGAAACUUCACGAACUACAGAUCAAGAAUGCAGUAGUCUCUAAUCUUGGGACAUUGCAGGAUGAUGAGUCAAUAGACAAGCAGCAGUGGAGUAAAACUCAGAGAGAGCUACAAGGAAUGAAGGCAAAGAUUGAACAGCAGAAAGCAGAGUGGAAAUGGAAGCUAAAGGAACUUCAGAAAGAGUAUCAGAAUGAGAAGGAAGAGUUAAAGAAUGAGAAUGAGAGACUGCGAGCAUCCUUAUCUUCUGACCAGUGGAAGAUGGCUGAGCAAAGCAAGCAGCAAAUGGGAUCUCUAACUGCACAACUCCGAGAGCAAGCCAAGAUCAUCCAAACUCAGGAGAAAACUAUUAAGCUCCUGUCUUCCAGUAAAGCCAGAGAAAUCCAGGAGGUGCCUAAGACAGACAAGCCAGAAGAAUCCACAGAAGAAGAACUAGAAGAUGCUGUAGACAAGAAGAAGAGAGUUCUAGAAGCAUUGAGAAGGAAUCCAAACUUGCUGAAACAGUUCCGGCCGAUUCUUGAGGAGACCCUUGAAGAAAAACUGGAGAACAUGGGAGUGAAGCGGGGCACAAAAGGUGUUCCAGCUCAGACCUAUAAACACCUGAGGGAUAUAGUAAAAGUACAGCAACAGCAAAAAGCACAGAAGUUUCCACGUCUGCUUGCCUUACGAGACAAACUCCAGUUGGAAGUGAAAAAGAGAAUCAGUUUGGGUCAGAUGGAGGAAAGGGAUUUGUCUGUGGCAUUCUCUGCAGGCCCAGGUAGAAGGCAGAUGAGUCCACACUCUCCAUUCCAGGUUAAGUCUUCAAAACCCAGAAUGCAACAAGUUGAAUUGCAGCCUUAUGCUUCAGAGAUGCCCAAGCCAGCUCCUAGGAGUAAAGUCAUCUCUGUGACUAGUGUGAUGGAGACGCCCAAGUUCUCUUCUCCAAAGCAAGCCAAGAUCAGCCCACCUUCCUCCCAGCACUCUCCUAUUCAUCAGCCUAGCACUUCACCUUUCACUUCUGAAGAAGAAGAGUCUGAGGAAGAGCAAACCUUUGCCUCUCCAAAGUUCACACCAUUCAAGACAGAACCAGAACUUCCCAGAGUAACCCAGAAGGAGGAGAGUGACUGGGAUUCAUCUGAUACAAAUUCUCCGGAAGAGAGAGGCAAAAUGGGAAGAAUCCUUUCACCUGCAGCACCAGCUCAUUCAGAAACAUGGGUGCAGUCGAUGGCUAAAAAUCUGGAGGGAACACUGAGUACUCCUGGAAGAAAGCCUGCUGGGGGAGUGAAGCUCUUUCCCACUGAAACCAAAGAGGCUCCUAAAUCCAACCACUCCAGCAAAAAACUUCAGUUUGUUGAUGAAGACAGUGACUUGGAGAUUUCAUCCUUAGAAGAAGUGAGCCAACAUCUGGAUACUGAAAGCAAGCUGAAGCAGCAGCAAAGUGCAACAGCCAGUGGGGACUUGUCUGUGUCACGUGGCACCACCAUCUGGAGUUCCAGCAGCACAAGGGCUGCUGCCUGGUGAUUCCUUGCAUUUGUCUGAGCUGUGUCAGAGCACCCAUAUUUUUUGUGGUAGAAGAGCUAAUCCAUGGCAAAUUAUUGAAAAGAAAAUGAAACUCACAUAUAUAAAAUUAAGGGACUGAACAUUUUCAGAAGAAAAAUGUGAACAAGCCUCAGGGUUUAGGGUUACAGAUUCGUUGUGCACACCUUUCAUAAAAUGUUGAAUUCUUUGCUUGAAUGUGUUUCUGCUUUGCAGUCACUCAUAUGAUGAGCCUUGUAAAAACAUAUUCAUAUCCUCUUUUUCCAGGCAUCUGUCUUUCUAAAUAAGAAGCCUGGCACCAUGUUUUGAAACAAAUUUGUCCAGAAUAUAUAAAUUUGUAGGACCGAGUGACAUCAUCCUUGGUUCUUAGCCUUGUGAGACAUCACUAGGCCCAUGACAAUCCCACUGCUUGAAUUGCCAUUUUUAGACAUUCCUUCAUCUACACAGAUGCAAACCAAACCCAAAAUUCGCCUUCGCGAAAACAAACCAAAACACCUUCACACAUUCUUUUCAAGGUACUGCUGAUGACACUAUGAUUUUAUUCCUAAAGAUUCAUAAUGUAUUGACUUUUAACUUCUACUCUUAACUUCUGUUGGUAAUAGUGACCAGACAAUAAGGGUAGAUGAAAUGAAUAACACAUAUAAUUCCAUUAAAUAACAGUUUAUGCUGCUGUGCAUUAUUUACUCCUUACUCAGCACAUUGACUCAUGUGGUUGCUUUUUUAUUUAUUCAUUAAUGUAGUGCUUCCAGCCUAAGCCUUAACCUCAUGAAUGCAAUAUUUCCCCUCACAAUCUCUCUCUC